GCUACCAAAACAGAAUGAACCAACAUUGGCCGAUGGCUAGGCAAACAUAUCUUAAAGAUCUUGUUAUUAGCAUAUCCAUACGUAUUGAAAACGGAUAAUGAUCCACAAGGGCAUGAACAGGGCCCAAGAGAAGGCCCAAUUCUAUGCAGUAGGGUUUAUCAAGACAACAAAAAACAUACAAAAUUUCCUUUUCCACUACACUACAUUGUGCAUUAUAUCCAAGUCAAACUACUUAACUCAGGUGGAAAGAUUUUCAUUCUAACAAUGGCACUUUCUGGGCCACCAGGUUUUUUCAUUGUAAGACUUAAUAAUGAUUCAUCUCAACAAAGAACCCAAAUUAUCCAAAAACAAUUUGCAAUAGCUUUCAAAGCAACUCUCAAUUACAAUAAAAUUUCCAUUUUUUACAAAAACCCCAUUUCAAAAAAAACUUCAUCUAUGUAUAUAUGUUUUUCCAAAUCAUCAGAUCGUAGCGAUACUAGUAACUUGGGUAACAUGGGUAUUGUAGCUAAGGUGUUUGAUGAAAUGCCUGACCGAAAUAAUGAUGAUGAUGACGAAAGUGAUAACGGGAAUGGUGGUGGUGGUGGUGGUGAUGUGCCGCCGCCGCCACCGGGUGGUGGUGGUGGCGGUGGUGGUGGUGAGGAUGAUGAGAAUGAGUUUGGGCCGUUGAUGAAGUUUGAUGAAGUAAUGGAAGUGGCUGGGGCAUAUGGUGUUGAUCUUCCUAAAGAUAUGUUGGAUGCUGCUAAGGAUACUGGUCUUAGGAAGCUUAUUCUUACUCGGUAUUUGGAUUUACAGGGAUCAGGUUGGAUAUUAGGUUUCUUGACAAGACAUUUUGUAAUGCUUCGGAACAGAAUGCUUGCUGAUCCAUCAUUUUUGUUUAAAGUUGGGACUGAGAUAGUGAUUGAUUCGUGUUGUGCGACGUUUGCUGAAGUUCAAAAAAGAGGGAAAGAUUUUUGGGAUGAGUUUGAGUUGUAUGCUGCCGAUCUUUUGGUAGGGAUAGUAGUUGACGUUGCUUUGGUGGGUAUGUUGGCACCAUAUGCUCGCAUUGGAAAACAAACUGUAGCAAGUGGUGGCUUGUUCAGUGGUUUGAAGAACUCUAUUUCAGCUCUUCCUAGCAGUGUAUUUGAGUUUGAGAGACCGGGGUCUAGAUUUUCAGUACAACAACGGCUUGCUACUUAUUUUUACAAGGGUCUCUUGUAUGGUUCAGUUGGAUUUGGUUGCGGUAUUAUUGGCCAAGGAAUUGCAAAUAUGAUUAUGAAUGCCAAGCGGAGGAUGCAUGCUUCAGAACGUGAUGUACGUGUGCCCCCGUUGGUGCAAAGUGCUGUUCUAUGGGGUGUUUUCCUUGCGGUGUCUUCGAAUACCCGUUAUCAAGUUAUCAAUGGAUUGGAAAGCGUGGUGGAAGCUUCUCCAUUGGCGAAACAGGUCCCUUUAGUUGCAAUGGCGUUUACAGUUGGUGUGCGUUUUGCAAACAACAUUUAUGGUGGAAUGCAGUUUGUAGAUUGGGCUAGAUGGAGUGGCGUUCAGUAAUAGUUGUUGGUGAAAAGCAGUUGGGUUUGAAUGUAGAUUUUUGAUCACUAGCAGUUGCUUAGGCAGUUAUAGCCUAUUAGCCUGCCCUUUUUUCUCAUCUCUUUCCCCCAAUUUGUAGCCCGCGCUUUUCAGUUAGUUUUCAAAUAAGAGAAUUACCAUCACUUGCUAUAUGUGUUGCAUUUGGAGGACCGUUUGACGAGUAUUUUUUAUGAAAUGUUCUUGUUAGUUUUUCGGGGCUGAA